AUGAGCAACCCAUACAGCGGUGGCCCACCAACUUUCACACCAUCUGCGAGCUCCAGGAGGACAUCAUAUGCAACAGUAGCGGCAGGAACACCGACAAGUCCGCCUCGCGAUCCCAAUCCGCUGAGCAGACCACAUUCCGGCACACCGACAAGAGACGGUGAAAGAGACGGCAACAUGAGCACGUCGAGGAGUACAUAUGCGCCCCUCGGUGCAGGUUUUACACAUGAGAGGCGGCCAGGCACAUCAGGCAGGAGUGAUGGCCCAGCAGGAGCCAGUGCAAGCUGGGCGAGCGAUGCCAUAGGAUAUGGCGCGGGCUCGGGGUAUGAACAGCGUACGACCGUCUUCAAGCCUUCGUAUCUACGGACGUCACGAUAUGUGCAGAGAUUAGAACAGGCGUAUGAGGCACAUCUUGCUGAGCUGCAAGAGUAUGCGAACCGACAUCCAACGAUCAAGAUACCGCUAUCGACGAACUCAAGCAACGUUAACCUGAGCAAGAUGACUCCUGCACAUAUACAUCGAGGUCUUGUGCAGGAUGUGAUUGAGAGGCUAUCACCGUCACCGGUAGAGUCUGGACUACACCCGUUGCCCGGCAGAUGGAGUGAGGAGGACAAGAUGAAUGGGCUGGAGAUCAUGGCAGACGGCACGGAGGUACGAUUCAACGGCGUCACCAAGACUAGUGACGAGGCAGCUGCUGUGAGAAGCGACUUUCCCAUGCCGAAAGAAGUUGGGAUAUAUUACUUUGAGGUGACAGUACUGUCGCGAGGCAAGGACGGCUAUAUUGGAAUCGGGUUCUCCGGGAGGAAGGCGAACUUGAACAGGCUACCUGGGUGGGAAGGCGAUUCGUGGGCGUAUCACGGCGACGAUGGCUAUGUGUUCUCGUGCAGCGCAAGUGGUAAGGCUUAUGGACCCAGAUUCGCUUCGCAAGACGUGGUCGGCUGUGGUGUGAACUUUCGCACGGGUGAUGCUUUCUUCACUAAGAAUGGAAACUUCCUGGGCAGAGCAUUUACCGACAUCAAAAGUGAUCGACUUUAUCCUUCAGUUGGCAUGAAGAAACCCGGUGAACAUCUACGCAUCAACUUUGGCAAAGCACCGUUCGUCUUCGACAUCGACACAAUGGUUGAGGAAGAGCGACGGAACAUCAUGACAGACAUCAACAACACUGACGUGUCAGAGUUACAUCCUCCUGACGACGAAAACGCGCUCGUUCACAAUCUCAUUGGGCAAUACCUGGCGCAUGAAGGUUACAUUGAGACUGCCAAAGCAUUCAGCGCGGACGUGCAAGAGCGACAGCAAUCGAUUUCAGACCCCUCCCAAACAUCGCAAUUCAGCAGCGAAGAGAAAGACAUCCACGCCAACAACAGGCAAAGGAUACGCCGAAGCAUUCUUGACGGCGACAUUGACAGAGCGCUGAAGUACACGAGCACGUACUACCCACGGCUGUUCGAGAAUGAGAAGACGCAGGAUAUUUACUUCCGGCUACGAUGUCGAAAGUUCAUUGAGAUGAUGAGGCGAUACUCUGAGCUCACUACGGCGACCUCAUCACCCACGACAGUGACCAAGUCGGUCGACUCGCUUCCUAGCAAUGGUCACGUCGAAGCCGCAGACGACGGCGAAGACCUCGAAGAGCCACCUGAUACACAAAUGGAGCUGGACGAUCAGCUGCAUCGUGAAGUAUCGAAAGGUCACGAGGAGCCAACAAUAUCAACUGACAAUGUGGACAUGGAUGCAUCACAAGAGCUGCCGCCGAAACUCACUUUCAUGAAAGCGGAGCAAGUGCUGAAUCAAGCCGUCAAAUAUGGCCAGGAGCUGAAUGCCGAGUUUGGUAAAGACCCCAGACCGGCGAUACAGAGCUUCUUGAGGGAGAUUUUCGCCAUCGUCGCCUACGGCAAUCCCUCAAAUAGUCCCAUGGCACACCUCUUCGACGCGACAGGGAGGGCAGAGAUUGCGGAGGACGUCAAUGGGGCUGUUCUUGUGUCCCUCGGCAAACCCUCAUCAGCCGCUCUCGAAAAGCUCUGCGCGCAGACCGAAGCUCUCCUUGACGAAACAGCGAACAAAACGGGUGGUGCGGCGGCUUUGAUUCAAGUUCGUGAGGACUUUUUGAGGGAGUAG